ACAUGUUGGUUGUGGGCAUAAGUAUAGAGCGCGACAUGGUGGCGGCCGGUCUUUGUGAGUGUUUAAGCGACGCAGCCCAUCCUCCUCUGGAGGAAGCGGCGCCCCAGGCUGAGAAAACGGCGAGACUGCCUGUGGCUCAGGGCGAGGCGCCCGGGCCCCGCCCGCCAUGGACAUGGCGCCGCCCGCUUCAGCGCCCCGACGGCCACGUGAGGAGCAGCGAAGCCGCCGCCGCCAUCUUGGAGUGAAGGAUGCCGAGGAGGAAGAAGCCCACGCAGGGCCUGGAGUCUAGAGGUCAGGAUGGGGAGGAAGAUGAGGAUGAGAAGAGGAAUGCCAAGAAGAAGCGCAGUUUUGUGGAUGCAUUUAUUGUUAUAUCUGACAGUGAUGGAGAGCAGGAGUCAAAGGAAGAGAGUGGAUUGCAAAAGAAGAGAACAAAACAGCAGCUGGAUCAAACCAAGUUUGCUGCUAAAAGAAAAAUUGCACAGAUGAGUGAAGAGGAACAGUUUGCACUGGCCCUGAAAAUGAGUGAGCAAGAAGCCAGACAAGUGAACUGUCAGGAAGAGGAAGAGGAGGAGCUCUUGAGGAAGGCCAUUGCUGAGAGCCUUAGCAGCUGUCAGCCCUCAGACUCCUCUGAUGUGACUCCUCAGUUGUCAGAGGAAGCGCUGGGCGCACGAGGCCAAAGCCAGCCUGCCGAGAAAGAAGGCUCUGAGAUCCUGGGAGGUCUGGCACUUUGCCCUGACACCCCUCGCUCUGAGUGCAGCUCCCACUCACAGAGCUCCAGAGCUGAUGGGAGUGGACAGUUGGAUGUCACCCGGAGCCCCCGGGUAGUGUUGAGGAGGUUAAGCCAGGAAAUCAUUGAAAACUCACUAGUAUCCAGCAUAAUAGUGUCUCCGGGGAAGGACCAGGCUUUGACAAGGUCAAGUGAAAAGUCUUCCUCACCAGCAAAAAGUGAUUCGAGUAACAUGUUACCAAGAACUCUCAGAGAGGACUUCAUCUCAUUGAGUCCCACCUUUGGCAGAGUGGCUUCAGGCUCCUGGCGACUGACACCUCGCAGACUGUUCACAAGCCCCUCCAGCUCCUCCGAAGCAACAGGCCACGAACCAAAAGAGCAGCUCCUACCCUGCACUGGCCAUUCUGUGGGAGAGGCAGGUGCCAGGAGCUCAGCCACGCUCUGGAAGAGUGGGACCACAGAACAGUGUGAGAGCCCCAGGAGAAGCAGUGGAGAGGCAGGUACCAAACACACCUCACAGCCCAGGCACCCUGCCAAGGUCUGUGUUUCCACAGAGCAACUAAAGCAGAACGAGGUGUCCGACAGUACCCCGGAUCUUUGCAUGCUGACUGCGGCAGAGGAGAGGCACAAACAGGAGGAGGCGAGAGACACAGUGCACUAUUACUGGGGCAUCCCCUUCUGCCCCAAAGGGGUGGACCCUAACCAGUACACCAAAGUCAUCUUGUGUCAGCUGGAGGUUUACCAGAAGAGCCUGAAGCAGGCUCAGAGGCAGCUACUGCAUAAGAAGGAGUUUGGUAACCCAGUUGUGCCCAGUUCUUCCUUGACCCAAAAUGAGCUUGGGAAAGGAGAGGAGAUAAGCAGAGAGAAUGGGGUUGCUGAUGGUAUGGAAGAUGGAGAUACAGAGGGGCAGGAGUCUGAAAGCAUCACCUGGCUCCACCCUUCAAAGAGGAGGGAGGCAGAGAGUCCAGGGCACAGCAUGGAAGAAGAGAAGAAUUCCACUUCUGAUGAUGAACCAACCACCAGCUACUGCCAGGCCUCCCAGGUGCUCCCUGCAGAGGAUGCACAUGAAGAAGGGGAGCCGAUGCAAAUUGCACAGAGCAUCUCCACGAUGACCCCACUUGGCAGUAAAAGGAGCCCAGAUAUUGCCACAGAAAACUCUGCUGAAGAAGAGAUCUCUGUUUGCCCAGAGACACAGACGAGCCCAUUGGAAGCUGUUGAGGAGGGGAGAGGAGAGCUCUGCCCAGACAGCAGAGAUGCACCUAUGCAGGUUGGUGGAGAUGAAGAUGCUGGUGGGACUGUGUCCAAGCGCAGUCCUACAGCUGCUGCCCAUGUGUCGUGCCCGCUGUGUGAUCACAGCUUUCCAGCUGCAGAGAUCGAGCUCCAUGCCAUGUACUGCAACGGCAUCGUGGGAGCAGAGGCUGGCAGGGACACUCCAGUGCUCACCCGGCGUCAGAGAGAGGCAAGAAAUAAAGCUGCCAGUGGUGAAGGCAGCCCUUCAUCCUUAGACAUUGACAAGUGUGAGAAGUGCUACCUCUGUAAGUCACUGGUGCCACUGCUGCAGUAUCAGAGGCACGUGGACAGCUGCCUUCAGGCUGCUAGGCAAGCUCAGGGAACCAGGAGGCUGCGAAGAGCCAAGGACACCAGAAAGCGGGAGAGGGGCCUCCUCAGGAUGCUGGAGCUCUCGGAGAGCAAGUCUGAAGGUGCUGACGUGGAGACCCCCCUCACUGGAUUAGGAGACCAACAGUCCCCUCCCGCACUCUCGGCUGGAGCCAGUGGGGAGCCAGCAGCAGACAGCCCCUUCUCCCUUCAGCACCUUUCUUUCCACGUCUCCCCCGUGAAACCCGGCGUCUCCUCAGAAGCCAUGGACGGUGUGAUGGACUCGGAGCCGCACGUGGCGCUCCGUGCAGGCAGCCAGCAACAGACCAAAGGCUGCUGCCGGAGAAGGCACAAAUUCUGAGGCUGGCGAUGUGGCAGGGACCCCCAGCAGCUCCCCAUGCCCCAGCAAGGGUCUCCUUGGCACCGUACCCCUGCUUCACCUGCAGCCUUUGUCUCCCACCCCCUUUUUGUAUGUUUUAUACGACCUGUGCGGGGAGUGCCGGGUGGAGAAGCAACUGUGUGUUUUAUAGGUGCCUGUGCAGCUUGGCUCUCUGUUACAGAAAUGGAAAUAUAUUUAUGUAUGUUUUUAUGAAACUGCAGCACCAC